GUUGCAACCGAAGUUGGUCUUGCCUUCCGCCACAGCCGAAAGGGGAGAUCUUCCCCUUCCCUUGUUUGCCACGUACGCCAGCAUCCCAUCCGAGUGCAUAUAUCCGUCGACCGACAAGAUGAAGCGGCUUCGCGCAGAGGUGAAGAGGCGGCGUCAGGACUCGGUCAAGAUCCCGCGGCCGUCGUACACGCUGGACUGCUUCCCCAGCAACCAGUGCUGGAUCCCCCGCACCCUCAACAUCAACGCAUGUCCCACAUUCAACUCCAUCCCAUGCCUACUGCACACGUGCGGCGGCUACGGGUGCCUCAUCUUCCACCUCCAUGGGCUGGACGAGGACCUCGGACACGUGGCGGCGGCGUGCGAGGCCAUCACGGAGCGGCUGCAAGUGUCGGUCAUCGCCAUGGACUACCCUGGGUGAGCUGAGCACGCACCAGAGAGAAGCGGAAGGAGAUGGAGAUAUGGUGUGUAUCAUCUGGCUGUGCGUCUGUGUGCCAUGGAUGUGUGUGUGUGUGCCAUGGUGUGUGUGUGUGUAGGUAUGGUGUGAGUCAAGACCCGCCCAGUCUGCGUGAGGUCAUGAACGACAUCCGCACGAUGCUGAGCUUCGCCAUACAAGUCAUGCGGUUCGAACCCCAAAACAUAUACAUCAGCGCCAUGCGGCACGCUGUCGGACCGGCUGUAGAGGCAAGAUAGCAACAAAGCCACCGCACACCCCUGACUGACCAUGCUCCCUUCCUCCCUCCCUCCCUUCGUGUGUCUGUCUGUGCGUCGGCAGUUGGCAUCGUGGGCCGACAUGAUGUUCCACGAGUUCGAUGCGUCGUUCGGCGGGCUGAUCCUCUUCUCCCCUCGGUGCUUCCGCAGCCCCGCACCCAACACACCCACAGCCACACCACCCAGGCCAUCACCCACAAGGCGCUGCUCCAGGGCACCCCACAGCCCACACACACAGCAGCAGCAUCUAGCGGACGGAGAGGACCACGAUGACAACAUGGAAAGCAUUCCCUCUGCGUUCACUAUCAGCCAGGUACGAGCACACGUAGGCAGACAGACAGACCGACGUACAGGAGCUCAUACACACGUGUGUGUGUGUGUGGUGGGUGCAGUGUGUGCAGCAGAUCAAGGCUGUCAAGUCCCCCGUGCUCAUCUUCCACAACGCCGCUGACGAGUACGAUGGGUCAGAGGCCCAGAAGCUGUACAUCGCCGCCACGCAGUCACCGAAGAAGGUCCGCACACCGCACCACACACAUACAAACCACCCUCUGUGUGUGUGUGUGUGUAGGACAUCCGUCUGAUGGAUUACAGCAAGGACGACCCGGUGCGUGUGGUAGACAACUUCUACAAGUUCCCCAACAUACCCCACGGCAGCAUCACACGCAUACCACCAGAGAUAUUCCUCAAGCCGCCAGAAUUAGAGUUCUUCGAACAAGAGCAAACACUCAUCGACAGGUACGUCAGUCACGUGCUUUGCUUGAUGCGAUGCGUGGAAUCCUUCACUGUCUGUGGCUUGCUUGGUGUGUUCAGGUUGAUGCUGCUGUCGCGUCGAUUCCUGCCGGCGUGUUUCACCAAGGUCAAGGACACCCUCCUGCCCGCACCAUUGGCAGACCCCUACUCCACCUCAGCUGUCAUCCCAGGCAGCAGCCUACACACACGACAGAUGCAGCAGCAGCAGCAGCAGCGAAAGGCUUCCCGGCGGCCCGGGGCAGCCCGCAAAGCCCCCCACACAUCCCUCUCGCGAGCGAGGCACUCGCCCGCAUCCCCUGCAGCCCAUGCACACCCCACCCACCAGACGGCCCACCAGCCGGUCUUCCCCCCUCCAGCGUCGAGCUGGCGGCUCAGCGGCCUGGGCCUCGCAGGCCUGUUCGGCACACGGGCCGGUGCAUCGUCAUCGUCAGACGUGGGGCACACCGAGGGUCGUUCCAACCUGGAGAGGAGUCUGGCGCACCACCACCGAACGCACCACGACAACGACAGCGAGUCAACGAGUGAGACGGACAGUCAGCCGAGCGGCAGCGACGAGUCGCCAAGAGAGAGGGCCGCGGGGGGUGGGGGCGGCCUGCCGUGGUAUCGGCAGAAGCGGACGGUGAAGGGGGCGGACGAGACGGCAUCGCAGGCGGCAUCGUACUUCGGCGGACCGGUGGGCAGCUGGUUGGGGGAUGUCCCGAAUGACAUUCCAGACACUACUUUCGUCAUGCGGCGUGACAACUACAACUACGACUACAACCACCAUCCCCACAGCAUCAGCACCAGCACAACCGCGGCGACAUCUGGGUGGCUUCAGGCACCCAUUAUCGACCCACCUGUGACCCUCCCUCCCCCCAAACACACCACCCCCGACAACAGCACCAAUGGCUCCUUCAUCAAGCACACGGCCUCCACAUCCACCGCCACUUCCAGCACCACGUCGCCAGCAGCGGCGCCAAUGCACGAGGCCACCACCAACCGGCUCCCAUCGAUUGGCGAGGGGGUGGGCCUGGACGGAUCGUCAGGGCUGGUCCAGCAGCCGUGUGACAAGUGCCUCGACGGUGACGGCGAUGCGUGUCGGCGUCACGAGAACGGGGUGGUGUGGGCAGCUGGCGAGUGUGAAGGGGGGUUCUUUGCCGAGGGCAAUCAUGCUGGCGAUCUGAUGUGGGGGGAGGCCGACGGGGUGGGCGUGGGCUAUGGGGGCGGGGACAGCCCGUGGGGGUCUGCCGCCCGACUGUAACUGUAAUGUGAGUGACCGAGUCGUGUGCCACCGAGACAUCACCACCAUCGUCUAUUGCUGAUGGAUUUGGGGGCGGGGAGGGGAGGGGUGGCGGGAGGGGUGGCUCCAAAGGAGCGUGGGUUGCGUGCAGCCCUUGCUGCCACAAGAGCAGCCAGGCCAUCACAGUGUCAUAGUUAGGUCUUAGUGUUUCCGAGAUUUGAUUUUUUCUCCCGCUGCUGCCUAACCUGACUUGGUCGCUCUUCCAUUUUCGAUGCGUUGAUGUGUGUGUCGACUGCCUAAAUAACACACACCACUUGUCCGGUCCGCUGUGUGUCUGACUCGGUGUCUGACUGUGUGUCUGACUCUUUUGCCCGCCCCACCGGCUAGUCUAGUCGUUUUACCCCCUCGCCUCGCCCCCUCUUUGUGAAUAGGAGACCGCUCCUCCCUAUGUAUCUGCUGCUGCCGCUGUUGCGCUCCUCUGAGUUUUUCUUCUGUGCAGCUGGUGGACGCUCGGACAAGCAAGUACGUUUGGUUCACUGAUCACCCGGAAACAUCCC